AUGGCUGGCCAAAGAGUAUCAAGGAGGCUCAGAAUUGCCACGGUGUUGCUGUCUACCCUCGUCGUGGCAUCAGGGGUCAGCGCCUCUCAGGUGGACCCGAAGAUACCAGCAAGGGAAUUGGAGGUAGCAGAGCUGUUCUCGGGCAUCGUCUCGCCAGAAACGGCCAGAGCAGCAGCCCAGGACCAAGUACUAAGACGUCAUGUUGAGGAUGCCGUCGAACUGGUAGCAGACCUCUCCAGGAUGCUCGCAAAGAGAUUCGAAGAUGUCCCCGAACUGCAACAGGCUAGCCUCAGCCUCGAAAGAUAUCGAAACAGCCUCUCCGAUGGCACCCCUGCCACAAAAGAACGUCGUCAAGAUAUACUUGGAGGAUUGGGGGGUCUCCUGGGCGGCGGCACCGGCACAGCUCCUGCCACACCCGGGGCAACUGAUGCAGCAGCAGGAGGCGGCAUCCUUUCUGGCAUCACUGGCAGCAUCUCCUCAGCCCUGUCCGGCAUCGGGGACUCUCUCCUCCAGGAUGUGGGAGGAGCUAGCAUGUUCCUUGGCAUUGGCCUCGGCGCAGGAGCUGCUCAGGGGCUGAAUCUCGCCCAAGCUCCCAUGACGACGCAGAUCGCGGCAAAGGUGGCUGCCGACAACGGCAUGAAUGCGACGGGCCUCAAUCCUGCUAUACAAAACGCGGCGAUGGGUGCCUCGGCAUCGCUGCUUGGCGCUGUCAACAUCUCGAGUCUCGCAGGGUCAGCAGGAGGAAGUAUCGAUCUGAACGGCGUGGCGCUCGGUGCUGCGAAUGGCAUAGGCAAUGGCAUAUCGUCAGGGCUGAAGCUAUCUCCACAGGCAAUGGCAAUGGAGCCUCCGCCCGGAAACAGCACGGCAGAUAUCGCGAACACGUUCACCUUCGCGCUGACCAAGUCUCUGGCAUCCAAUAUCGACACGACAAAGCUCUCAGCCAACAGCAUCAACAUUCAGCAGUUCACAGGCGGCGUUCCAACAUCACAGAUCGCCAUGUCCCUGGCCCAGGGCAUCGGAAACGGUGCCUCGUCCGGCCUCAAGCUCACCCAGGCGAACCUAGCCCCUCCCACAGGCAACACCGCCUCCGACGCACUGGGGGCCUUCGGUUUCGGCCUGACGAACAGCGUGACGUCCAACCUGAACACGUCGAGCCUGACGAGCGGCAAUGCCCUGCAGGGCAUCAACAUCAACAAGAUCAUCCCGAACCUGGGCAUGACAGCCCAGAGCUUCGGCUCCGGGCUGGGCGGCGGCGUGGCGGCGGGCCUCAAGCUCAACAACGCCAUCGUCGGCAUGCCCGACCCCAACGGCAACGACGCCCCAGCGGUCGCUGGCAACUUCGCGUUCGGCCUCACCAAGAGCGUCACCGAGAACAUCAACAUGACCCAGCUGACCUCGGGGAACACGGCCCUGACCGGCGCCGCGAGCAACAUUGAUAUCGGCCGGGCGGCGCAGGGCGUCGCCAUGGGCCUGGUGCAGGGCGCGGGUGACGCCGUCAACAUGAUGGGUGGCCUGCAGGCGCUCAUCAACGGCACCGCGAUGAUGCCGCAGCAGGCUGCGAUCCCGCCCAGCACGCUCGCGUUCAACGACUCCCUGGGCGGUGCGGCCAUGGGUCUGGGCACGGGUCUCGGCGGGCAGGGCACCAUUGUUGGUGUUCAGCUCUUGUCGCAGCUGAACGUCACGUCGCUCGUCGAGGGGCUGGUUGGGAAUAAUACCGACUCUGGUAUGGCUCCUGCUGCUGCUUCUGCUCCCGUUCCUAGCAAUGGGACGGGUGUGGCCAGGCGAAGUGUCCGUCAGGUCCUCUCGAGUGCGAUACUCCCCCGUCAGGACUCUGGAGUGACGGCUGUUAGCAACGGGAACAGCUUCAACCUCUCUGUCGUUUUCAAUGCGGAUACCAUCUCCUCCGUCACUCAGCGGGUCAUCUCCGCCCUCUCCUGCGAGGGAGUCGGUGGCCUGGUGCUCGUGGGCCUUGGUCUGCUGGACAGCGGGACCAUCUCGACGAAUGGGGUAUCCACUGGGAUCAAUAUUACUACUAUCCAGCAGGUGGUGCCAAAGGGCUUGAUCAAAUUCACAAGCGACGGGAACAAGUUUGAGAUCGAUGGGCAGAAGGUGAUUGAUAAUCUUCAGGGCAACCUGCUGUCUGCGGCGGACGGCAUCAGCAUCAACGGGAAUACGGCUGUUCGCUUCGGAGUAUUCCUGGCUGUUCACAUAAUGGUUGCCAUGUCCGUGUUCUUGGCCAUACUCCCAUUGAUUCUCACCCUCGAGGGCACUCGAGUUCUAUUGUUGCGGCUCAAGCUGGGCCACGUCCUUCCAAAGGCCACAAAAUGGGCAAACAUCGGGUGGCUCUGGUUGAUGGGCCCAGCCACGCUGCUGCUGCUGAUCUUCGGCUUCUUGGCAAGGGGCACGGCCGGCCACAUGCAGACAGCACAUGGCAUCAUCGGCCUGAUCACCGCCUUCGUCACCUUCGGAGCCACUGCCUUCAACGUGUUCAGCAAGCUCUACAUCUCGACCAAAGCGCCCUCCCCAGACGCCUCGGCCUCCGUGCUCCCCGUCCCGUUCGCCCUGGCCGACCGCCGCACGAUCGGCACACUCCUCAGCCAGCUCCUCCUUGCCCUCUCCAUGCCGGCCGUGAUCACCGGCUUUUCCGACCUGGGCGCCGUCACGCUGUGUAUCACGCGCGUGGUGCCCUUUGAGUUCGCCUUUGCCAUCGGCAUGGGCCUCACGACGCUCUAUGUCACGGGGAGCGGCAUCUCGUUCCUGAAUAUCCUGCUCGCCACCCUUGAUCUCCGGCGGGCUAAGAAGGAUGCGAAGGAUAAGGUGGAUGAGGAGAGGUGGGGGAAACAGACGCUCAAGGAGAAGAUCCAACAUGUUGGGCCGUCUCGUGUUCAGAUGGGCGGGCGUCCUGAGACACUCAGGAGAUGAGGAGUUACUUGAUGAAGGGAAUGUAUGAUAUCUAGGUCAGUUAUGGAGGAAUAUUUAGCUGUCAGGACUGGGCUUUAGUGCCUUUAUAGAUGAGAAGACCAUCUGGGAUGGUCCAAGUCCUGCUUGGGUCAAGCCUAUUAUCGGGAGCUGUGGGCUCCACUGUUGUGCCGCUCCAUUGUCUAUAAAUACGGGCUUAUCCCGGCCAGUGUUCAUAGAAAAACAGUCAAUUUGCUCUA